CAUCAAACAGGAAGAGGUAUGAUGUCCGUUUGCUGGCGGAUGUUGUCGCUAUAAUUCCUCUUCCUCACAACUUGGUCAAAUCUUCACUUAAACUCGCCACAAUACUGUUGGCAUGGCCUCCACGAUGCCUAUCAAGAUUGGAAUAAUUGGUGGUUCAGGCCUUGAUGAUCCAGAUAUCUUGGAAGGAAGGACUGAGCGUUAUGUUGACACACCGUAUGGAAAGCCAUCCGAUGCUCUGAUACUGGGGAAGAUAAAAAACGUGGAAUGUGUGCUUCUAGCAAGGCAUGGGAGACAACACACUAUAAUGCCGUCCAAUGUGAACUACCAGGCCAACAUCUGGGCACUUAGAGAAGAGGGCUGUACACAUCUGUUGGUUACCACAGCCUGUGGCUCACUCCGGGAGGAGAUUCAGCCAGGAGACAUUGUCAUCAUAGAUCAAUUCAUUGACAGGACUACAAAAAGAGCUCAGACGCUGUAUGACGGGCAGCCCACCAGUCCUCCAGGAGUGUGUCACAUCCCCAUGGCCGAGCCUUUCUGCAACAGAACCAGAGAGGUUUUGGUGGAGGUGGCGCGGACCCUGGGGAUCAAGUGCCAUGUACGAGGGGCUAUGCUUACUAUCGAGGGACCCCGUUUUUCCUCGCGGGCGGAGAGCCUGAUGUUCCGCCAGUGGGGUGCUGAUGUCAUCAAUAUGACCACCGUGCCAGAGGUGGUCCUCGCCAAGGAGGCCGGCUUGUGCUAUGCCAGCAUUGCCAUGGCAACAGACUAUGACUGUUGGAAGGAACACGAAGAGGCGGUCUGUGUUGACAACGUACUGAAGACGAUGAAGGAGAACGCCAACAAAGCCAGCAGUAUCCUGCUAACUGCCAUACCCCAGAUUAGUCAGAUGGACUGGGCUCAGACAAUGAAGACCUUGAAAUCAAUGGCACAAUCUUCAGUAAUGUUACCAAAGCACUGAGAAAACAAAGAAGUGGAAAACGGCCACGGAUCCCAGACACCACCCGCACCAACACGGACCCCACUCUGCCUGUGGAUUUGUCAUCAGUGAAUCACAAGAAAGUGCCUCACAUAAAUAAUGCAUGUGCUCAGUCUUCAGCUGGAGUUUCAGUGUUCUUAUCUGACUCAAAAUACACAUAACCCCACCACUCAUACUGAUUCACAGGUCGCUCUUUUUCUCUAAAUGCUUACCAGAGAAUUUUGCCCCUUUCCGUCAGUCCCACCACAUGUUUAGGUCCAAACAUUAACACCGAAGUCUUCUUAGGAUUAGACUAGAUAUUAUUUUUUGUGGAUUUAUAUUUUUUGUGAUCCGUUAAAAUUUUUAUAUUUGUUGCCUGUAAACCAUUAGUGUCUUUAUUGCUAUUAGUUGAGGAUAUAAUAAAAAAAGGCUUUGCAAGUUUAGCACAUGAAUGCUUUGUUAUUGCCUCUGUUACAACUAACAUACGUUUCUGAUGACCCUAAAAGCAAACUUCAGCAAUAUUGAGUUAAAAAUAUUUGUCAUUAACGCUGGCAGUGUUUCUAUUUUUGCUUAUUGGGCACAUUUCACAUCCUUUUUAUUUGCUCUUAACAUUUUAUGAAUCAAAACCCAACAGUAUUCAAUUUGUAUGUAGGACAGGAUUUGCACUGUACAUGUAAACUGUUUUCCUAAAUCACUUAUUAACAGUAUUGAGAAACACUGACGGAGGUGAAAGACACUUUGGCAAACCUAAAAUAUUUGAUAUACUGUAAUCGUCAUUUAAUUAAAUUAGCAUUUUAGUAGGA